AUGCUGAGGGUCGCGUACAAAUGUUAUGCCGAAGUGGUGGCGAGAAUGGAGGUGUCAGUGGCAGCAGUGGAGGCGGAGGAAGCGGCGGCGGUGGCGGAGGGAGCGGAGGCGGCGGAGGUGGCGGAGGCGGCGGAGGUGGCGGAGGCGGCGGAGGUGGCGGAGGCGGCGGCAGCAGCGGUGGAGCUGGUCGCGGCUCUGCGCAGUGGAGUGGGUCCGGUGGUGGUCCGUGCCAGCAGCAGCAGCGCAGUCGUGAGACCCUGUCCCCUCAGCAGCUUUGUGAGUGGUACGCUACGCGUCAGCGCGUGCGGGGGCCCGCACUCCACCCAGCGCUGCUUCGGCCGACUGACGGACGCGUGGCAUCACCAGUUCCCUGAGGCCUCUGAGAUCCCUCGCUGGGGAGAGCUGUCUAGGGCGGGGGUUGCUAUCUUUGAUCUUGAUUAUGAUGCUAUUCUUGCUGCCAUGUAUGCUGUGUCUGAUAGUGUUGAGGGUGACUAUUACCUGUGUGUUCCGCCUGACCCGGGCAUUGAGGCUGCUGCUCUAGGUGCUGGUGAGGCUGCUGCUCUAGGUGCUAGUGCGUUUGCUGCCCCAGGUGGAGACCGCACCACGCUUACGCCGCUUAGUCCGCCGGUUGCGGUCUCCCUGGCGGACCCCUCUGGGGGUCCUGUCCUUGCUAGCUUCUCCACUGUCUUACUGUGCCCGGCAGCCCCCUCUGGCACACUGUCAGGUCUCUACCUCCCCUCGUUCUCUACAAACUUGGUGAGUGGAGCUGAUCUACAAGAUAGGUGGGUUGACCAGUUCACUCCUGCGAGUCAGCGGGUGACCCACUGCACGUGUGCUCGGACAGGCCGACACUUGGCCACGUUCACCCGUCGGCCGGGGUCGAGCCUGUACACACUUACUACUGAGUCUGCUCCAGGUGCUGAGUCUGGUCAGGUAGCUGCGUCGAGUCAGGUGUUUGCUGCAGCGUUCAGGUCUGGUCCUGAGUCUGCUCCCUGCUCGUGUCGUCUCCUGUCCCACCAGACCCUCCUUUGGCACCACCGCCUUGGUCACCCCUCCCUGCCUCGUCUCCGAGGCAUGGCCUCCCGUGUCCUUGUCUCUGGUCUCCCCCGGUCUCUCCCUCCCCUACCUCCGGGGCCUGCCCCUACCUGCGUCCCUUGCGUCAAGGGGCGACAGUGCGCCGCCCCUCACUCCUCCGAGUUUCGUCCGACAGAGGCUCCGCUGCAGACUCUUCACAUGGACGUGUGGGGCCCCGCCCGCGUCCGUGGCCAGGGGCACGAGCGUUACUUCCUGUUGGUGGUUAACGACUACUCGCGUUACACCACAGUCUUCCCCUUGCGCAGCAAGGGUGACGUCACUGAGGUGUUGAUCGACUGGAUCCGCGCAGCUCGUCUCCAGCUCAGAGAGAGUUUCGGCUCGGACUUUCCUGUUCUGCGUUUGCACUCUGACAGAGGCGGGGAGUUUUCCUCUGCCCAUCUGGGAGCCUUCUGUCGAGCACAGGGCAUCCGCCAGACCUUCACACUUCCGGCCUCUCCACAGCAAAAUGGGAUUGCUGAGCGCCGCAUUGGCAAGGUCAUGGACGUCGCUCGUACGUCCAUGAUCCAUAAGGCUGCCCCCCAUUUUCUGUGGCCGUUUGCGGUUCAGUACGCAGUGCAUCAGCUCAACCUUCAGCCCCGGGUCUCCUUGCCAGAGACCUCCCCCACCUUGCGGUGGACCGGGAAGGUUGGCAAUGCGUCUGCGUUUCGGGUCUGGGGAUCUCGGGCGUUUGUCUGCGACUUGUCUGCGGACAAGGUGUCCCCCCGUGCUGUUCCCUGCGUCUUCCUUGGCUUCCCCCCUGACGCGUCUGGGUGGCAGUUUUACCACCCCACCUCGCGCCGUGUUCUGGCCUCCCAGGAGGUCACCUUUGACGAGUCGGUGCCUUACUACCGUCUCUUCCCCUACCGCACGGCGCCCCUCCCCCCGCCGCCGCUCUUCUUUACGCCAGGUCCUCCCCCGAUAGACCCCUUCCCCCCUCAGGGUCCUGCCCCGUCAGGUGUGUCCCACGUAGACGUAGUCGAGCCUGUCGAGGUAGCUGCUGACUCUGGUGCUGUUAGAGGUGCUGAGCCUGCGGGUGUCGGGUCUGGAGGUGCUGAGCCUGGGGGUGCUGAGUCCAGGGGCGUGGAUCCUGGGGGUGCUGAGCCUGGGGGUGCUGAGUCUGGGGGUGCUGAGCUUGGGGUGCUGAGUUUGGGGGUGCUGAGCCUGGGGGUGCGGAGACUGGGGGUGCUGGGUCUGCUCGUGUGGCCUCUCGUGCGCGUACAAUGUUAUGCCGAAGUGGUGGCGAGAAUGGAGGUGUCAGUGGCAGCAGUGGAGGCGGAGGAAGCGGCGGCGGUGGCGGAGGGAGCGGAGGCGGCGGAGGUGGCGGAGGCGGCGGAGGUGGCGGAGGCGGCGGAGGUGGCGGAGGCGGCGGCAGCAGCGGUGGAGCUGGUCGCGGCUCUGCGCAGUGGAGUGGGUCCGGUGGUGGUCCGUGCCAGCAGCAGCAGCGCAGUCGUGAGACCCUGUCCCCUCAGCAGCUUUGUGAGUGGUACGCUACGCGUCAGCGCGUGCGGGGGCCCGCACUCCACCCAGCGCUGCUUCGGCCGACUGACGGACGCGUGGCAUCACCAGUUCCCUGAGGCCUCUGAGAUCCCUCGCUGGGGAGAGCUGUCUAGGGCGGGGGUUGCUAUCUUUGAUCUUGAUUAUGAUGCUAUUCUUGCUGCCAUGUAUGCUGUGUCUGAUAGUGUUGAGGGUGACUAUUACCUGUGUGUUCCGCCUGACCCGGGCAUUGAGGCUGCUGCUCUAGGUGCUGGUGAGGCUGCUGCUCUAGGUGCUAGUGCGUUUGCUGCCCCAGGUGGAGGUCUCUACCUCCCCUCGUUCUCUACAAACUUGGUGAGUGGAGCUGAUCUACAAGAUAGGUGGGUUGACCAGUUCACUCCUGCGAGUCAGCGGGUGACCCACUGCACGUGUGCUCGGACAGGCCGACACUUGGCCACGUUCACCCGUCGGCCGGGGUCGAGCCUGUACACACUUACUACUGAGUCUGCUCCGGGUGCUGAGUCUGGUCAGGUAGCUGCGUCGAGUCAGGUGUUUGCUGCAGCGUCCAGGUCUGGUCCUGAGUCUGCUCCCUGCUCGUGUCGUCUCCUGUCCCACCAGACCCUCCUUUGGCACCACCGCCUUGGUCACCCCUCCCUGCCUCGUCUCCGAGGCAUGGCCUCCCGUGUCCUUGUCUCUGGUCUCCCCCGGUCUCUCCCUCCCCUACCUCCGGGGCCUGCCCCUACCUGCGUCCCUUGCGUCAAGGGGCGACAGUGCGCCGCCCCUCACUCCUCCGAGUUUCGUCCGACAGAGGCUCCGCUGCAGACUCUUCACAUGGACGUGUGGGGCCCCGCCCGCGUCCGUGGCCAGGGGCACAAGCGUUACUUCCUGUUGGUGGUUAACGACUACUCGCGUUACACCACAGUCUUCCCCUUGCGCAGCAAGGGUGACGUCACUGAGGUGUUGAUCGACUGGAUCCGCGCAGCUCGUCUCCAGCUCAGAGAGAGUUUCGGCUCGGACUUUCCUGUUCUGCGUUUGCACUCUGACAGAGGCGGGGAGUUUUCCUCUGCCCAUCUGGGAGCCUUCUGUCGAGCACAGGGCAUCCGCCAGACCUUCACACUUCCGGCCUCUCCACAGCAAAAUGGGAUUGCUGAGCGCCGCAUUGGCAAGGUCAUGGACGUCGCUCGUACGUCCAUGAUCCAUAAGGCUGCCCCCCAUUUUCUGUGGCCGUUUGCGGUUCAGUACGCAGUGCAUCAGCUCAACCUUCAGCCCCGGGUCUCCUUGCCAGAGACCUCCCCCACCUUGCGGUGGACCGGGAAGGUUGGCAAUGCGUCUGCGUUUCGGGUCUGGGGAUCUCGGGCGUUUGUCUGCGACUUGUCUGCGGACAAGGUGUCCCCCCGUGCUGUUCCCUGCGUCUUCCUUGGCUUCCCCCCUGACGCGUCUGGGUGGCAGUUUUACCACCCCACCUCGCGCCGUGUUCUGUCCUCCCAGGAGGUCACCUUUGACGAGUCGGUGCCUUACUACCGUGUGUCCCACGUAGACGUAGUCGAGCCUGUCGAGGUAGCUGCUGACUCUGGUGCUGUUAGAGGUGCUGAGCCUGCGGGUGUCGGGUCUGGAGGUGCUGAGCCUGGGGGUGCUGAGUCCAGGGGCGUGGAUCCUGGGGAUGCUGAGCCUGGGGGUGCUGAGUCUGGGGGUGCUGAGCUUGGGGUGCUGAGUUUGGGGGUGCUGAGCCUGGGGGUGCGGAGACUGGGGGUGCUGGGUCUGCUCGUGUGGCCUCUCGUGGUGCUUUCUCGAGGCGGGAGCCACUCUCUCCGCAGGAGUUGCGCGAGCUGUUUGCCUGGCGCUGGAGCCGUGCUGCUGAAGCUGGAGGUACUACUGUUGCUGCUGGUCCCGGAGGUGCUCGUACUCGCGGUGCUGGAGCUGCUGGUACUGGGGGUGCUGCUGGGGCUGCUGGAGUUGGUCCUGCUGGAGGUACUGCUGGAGCUGCUGGCAACACUGGAGCUGCCGGUUCUGCUGGAGCUGGAGCUGCCGGUUCUGCUGGAGCUGGAGCUGCUAGAGCUGGAGCUGUUGGGGGUGUUGGCGCUGGUCGUUCUGCUGGCGCUGGUGCGUCUGAGGGUGCUGGUGUUGGCGCUGUUGGAGUUGGAGGUGCUACUGGCGGUGGAGCUGCCGCUGGGAGUACUCCUGUGA